AGUAGAUUUCCAAGAUGGCUGAAGAGUGGUUUUAGCAAGUUGGCCCACCUUAGAAUAUACUUCUACGCGCCUUGGUAUAUACUUCUAGGCGCCUUGAUCGGCAUCAUCGAUGUUGACAACGAUUAGUCUAACCGUGCAUAGGUGUAUAUUUCGCAUGGUGACGCCAUUUGUAUCGAUAAUUGUCAACAAACAUGACAACUAUUAACGCACCUGUGAUCGUGGUGAAAUUUGCUGAACAAACUCAUUAGAAUCGUGUAGCAACGAUCAACAGAAUUACUCCUGAAAAUAAAGUGAUUCUCAUCUGCGAUGUUCAAAAAAUUGCCGUGUAGAUAGUAAUGACGUACGCUCAUAUUGACGUCGUCUACAGUUUAACCAGCUGUGUGCUAUCUGCAGCAUUCCCUUAUUUUGGUGCCGGGCAUUUCUCUAGCGGGUUCUGAGGUGACUCAUUCCGCCAAUUUAGGAUUUUCCCAAGAACAUUACUAUCCAUUCCAUUUUUCAUUCAAAUAAAUCAAGCAUAGGGUCUUCGGCAAAUAUGAUGUCAAUUGUGUACCUAUUAGCGCUCCUAUUGAUUUUACAAAUUCGACACUCGAAUGCUGAAACAUACAAAUGCACGGUCGAAUCUAACGGACCAAAAAGUGAGGAAUACUGUGUAUUCCGAAAUGUUCAAUUCUUUCGAAACACAACCGAGAUUUCCUUUUCUUCACCGGACGGAGUCGCUCAACCCAACCGGAUAGUAUUUUUGAAUUCAACUAUGGUGCAUAUUCCGCGUGAAUUUAUUGAGGUGUUCGGUUCAGAACUUACCGUGUUAAAAGUAGAACAGUGCCAACUGCGGUCAGUUACUAUCACCGCCAAGAUGGUGGCUUUAUACGCACGAAACAAUUACAUUGACAAAGUAAUUGUACACCAAAGCGGAGCAAAUCCAGUCCUAGAAGAGUUAGACCUAAGCGCAAAUCGACUGGAGAAUGUCCAGAAUAUUACGCGUUUCCAGAAACUAAAGCUGGUCAAUUUGAGCAGUAAUCAAAAUCUAGUCGACUCUAUGACACUAGAUUUUUCUUUAUUCCAUAAACUUGAUGAUUUGCGUGAACUAUACUUAUCAGAUGUUGGAGCUUUCUAUUUGCAAAACACAAAAGAUACAAAACUGAGGUCCCUGGAAGUGCUAGAUUUGUCGAGAAAUACCAUACUUUCAGUAGAUUUGCAAAUAAAUAUAUUCUACGCAUUUGAAAAGUUACAUACACUAAAACUGAACGAUAAUGAUAUGGACCAAAUCGGUUAUCCACAACUAUUGGAGCUAAAAUCAUUGAAAACUAUUUAUCUUAAUGGAAAUAGUUUUCCCUGCAGAUACCUCGAGGUAAUGCUAAAGUAUCUGCACGAGAAUAACAUUGCAACGCCAUCCGAGCGCCACAGCAAUUGCCAGUCGCAUCUACAGGAAGUUGAUGGUAUGUGUUGUAAAUAUACGACACCGAUACCGGUGACCCCAUACACACCUAAACCUGGAGACACAUCCCAACCUGGAACAACCGAGAGAUCGGAUUUGGAGCCACACAGCGAGCAAAUGCCACCAGCCGAUGGUGAUGGAGGAAGUGGACUCACCUGGGGCAUAUCCAUCGUAGUGGUUUUGAUUCUGAUAGCCGCGGCUGCUGUUGGCUUCGUUGUGUACCGGAAGCGUUCUCGUUCCUGAAUAACUGUAAUGCGGGACGGAGCAUUUAUUACCUCAGAACGGCGAAAAUAUACUAAAAAUGUUUAUGAAUUCGUCCGAUUUCGGAUUAAAACUUGUUGUUAAGAAUAACAUACUGCCGGAAUUAAUAGUAUAUAAUACGAAUGAAGUUGAAAACAGUUAAGUAUGAAAAUAUCUGUUAAAAAGUUUAUUAUUCUGUAAUUAUUAUAAAUAAAUGAUAACAUUGUAGAACGCUAUAAUCGAAAAAAAAUUAUAGAUUGUAUAUAAAAUGAUAAAACAAUAUUUGAAUAAACUUAUAGCGAAACAGAAAGAUGACAAUGGAAAGAUAGUUGCUCCUGCAAAUUUGCAGCUGAAAAAUACAAAACGGAGAUGUAGUAGGUACUUCCAAGCAGCCUUCAGAAAACAAACGCAGCGCUGCGCUUGAGUUUAACUUUCAUCAGCGCGCGCUCAAAGAAAACUCGUAUUCUCUCUUGGUGCGAAGAGCACAAAAUUCAUAAGCACGACAGCGCAAAAUGUACCCGGCGCAGAACUCAGAUACUAAACAUUUCUCGCGUAACUUUUGAAAAGGUCCUAUGUAACAAAUGUAAACAAAUCGAGUUAAUAGAUGCACGCUAUUAGUCUUCAAUCAUUGAAUGCAUUACAAAAACAAUCGUUCACGUAUCUAUUUUCUUCAUCUUUUUAUCGCCGAUACAAAAAAUAUCCAAUGUAAAGAUUCGGAUUUUAAGCACCCGGCUGUUACUUCGGACGCCACUUUCCUCCGAUGCCCGAAACGUCCGAAGUAACAAAGCAGUCAAAACAACACGAAGUCGUACUUCGGUCGUUUUGAGUUUUUGUUUCUUACAGUAGUUGUUAUCGAUUUCAGUUCAAUUCAACGGGUGAUAACAAUAAUAAUCUGUCUUUAGAACGAAAUGCUGAUUUUUGGAUUGUUGUUUAGUAGUUAGUUUCAAAUUCUUAUCGUGCAACGUAAUAUAUCCAAUGUGCAAACGCGGGCAGUCAAAACGUCCAAUGUAACAUUUUUCGCUCCUUGGCUUCAACUUUAAACUCAAAUCACGGAACAACAGCUACGAUUGGUUUUGGAGAGCUAUUCUUGAUCGCUAGUGGCGAGAGGAGCGAUAAAGAUCGAUAACUUUUAAGACAAUUCGCGGAAUAAUGUUCGGGUCUUCAACUUCAUUUUUCUCAAGUUGACGAAAAUGUUACAUUGGACCUUUUCAAAAGUUACGCGAAAAUUGUCGAUUCGAAUAAACUGAUAACUUCACUAAUAACAGGAAGCACUAUUUCAUCGCGAAUCACGAAUUAAGUGCGAUUCACAUAAAACAUCCACGUCACGUUCACGUUCCGUCACGUCAAUUAUUCUUCCAUGGGAUUUCUAUUGAAGGAUUCACAUACACCAGCAACGGCAAGUCGAAGUUCGACGGCAAGUCGAAGUUCCCGUUGCUGGUGUAUGUGAAUGUUUGCAUAAGAACUGCUUGGAAGAAUAAUUGACGCAACGUGACGGGACGGAACGUGAACGUGACGUGGAUGUUGUAUGUGAAUCGCACUAUAAUUCUACCGCCUUAAAACGGGUGACGGGAAAAAUGAAACGCAGAGCGGAACGAAGUAAAAUUACAUCCGUACCCGAAGCACAGUGGUCCCUCAGAAAUUGUUGGUGGCAUUAAAUACAAAAAUGAACAACAAUGCCCGACCGAAGGAAUGGUCUAGUGUAGCGAUAAACACGCAUGUUUUUAAAAUUUUGCACAAGUACUACGUUAAAAAAUAAUGUGAUGGUGUUCUAGAUAGAGAAUUUUAUGCUGAUUCCGAAUUUGUGUUCCGUUUUUAGUUUUAAAAAAAUUUGAAGCUGCGGAAUGAGUGUUUGAAAGUAAGCACAUUUUCUACAUUGAAUUUAUACAAAAGUAGACCUACAAAAAAUUCUUCAAAUAUUUCCAAAGAUUUUUAUAACAAAAGGUCUUCCUUAGGGUCCCCUCUACACUUAUGCACUUAUGACCUUAUGAUGACCUUUAUGACUUCUGACCACAUUGCGAAAAAAUGCCAUAAAUAUUGUGAUACCACACACGUGUUUUCCGAUUUUUUUUAAUUUCAUCCCUAAACAUAUAUUUAGACACCCCACACGUGUUUUUCGGAAAAUUUCAAAUUUUACCCCUCCCCAAGCCCUUACUUUGGGGUACAUAAUCAAAAUGACUCAAAAAUAGAUUCAACACCUUCGAAAACGCCCGUACAUCAAAUUUCAAGGCAUUUCCAUUCGUUUUUAAUGCCACCUAGAAUUACUGAGGGACCACUGUGCGACGACUGUCCGAUCGCUUCUCUACCUUUUUUUUUUCAAAAAUAACGUUUUUCAAAAAUUCAUAACUUUUGAUCUAUUGAAACGAUUUAGAUAAUCGGCAUAUUAAAUUGAAGUCAAUGAACUAGUCUUUUUCGAAAAAAUAUAACAAUUGCAAAAGUAUGGAGUACUUACUAUUCGCAUAGAUUUAGUCUUUGUUAAUGUUAACUUUAAAAAAUCAUUAUUCAAAAACGAAAAAGAACACAUCUUUGAUUUUUGGAUAUGUUAUGUAAAAAAUCCUCAGCUUUCGAGAAGAAAUAUAAAAAACAGCUCCCUUGGUCCCGAAACCAUGCAAACUAUGAAAAACAGAUACAAUCAAUAAUCAUGAAAACAAAAUUCAUUUUUUAUCGCAAGUAUAGUAUUUUUCCAUAGAAGUCAUUGGCUUCAAUUUGGUAUAUCGAUCAUCUGAAUCGGUUUAGUGGAUCAAAAGUUAUGAAUGUUUGAGAUUAACAACUAAACAUGGCAAUUGAGAAUUUUCGGAAAACUGAAGGAAAAUAGGAAAAUUCGUAAAAUUAAAUCCCCAAAUGUUCCACAAUUGCAGCGUGAUAUGUGUUUUUAGUUCAUUUUAUGUUUACGCUAACGAAAUUGAUCUUUGUCCGAAAGUGGAAAUGUAUUAGGCUGUCAAAAAAGUCCUGCGGUAUUUUUUUUUGAAUUUUCAUUUGUUCAUAAAAUUAGUUACAAUCAUCUGUUUUAACUCAAAUAUGCGCCGUUUUGUUCGAUGACUUGUUCCCAACAAGAUGCCAACUUAAUAAUACCCCUGUUAUAGAAGCUCGCUUCCUUAUUGGCAAAAAACUCGGAUGGCCAAUUUUCACAGGCCUCUUUUGUGGCUAACUUCUGACUACCUAGCUCGUUCGCCAUGGACAAAAACAGGUGGUAGUCACUUGGUGCAAGGUCCGGACUAUACGGCGGAUGCAAAAGAACCUCCCAUCCGAGCUCCCGGAGCUUCUGGCGCGUCACCAAAGAAGUGUGUGGCCUGGCGUUGUCCUGAUGGAAGACAAUGCGGCCUCUGUUUAUCAAAGAUGGCCUCUUCUUCAUGAGUGCUACCUUCAAGCGGUCCAGUUGUUGACAGUACAGGUCCGAAUUGAGCGUUUGGCCAUAGGGAAGCAGCUCAUAAUAGAUUAUUCCUUGACAAUCCCACCAAACACACAGCAGAACCUUCCUGGCCGUUAAUGAGGGCUUGGCCCCCGUCUGAGCCGCUUCAGCGGGCUUCGACCACGACCGUUUGCGCUUCACGUUGUCAUAAGUGACCCACUUUUCAUCGCCAGUCACCAUCCGCUUCAGAAACGGGUCGAUUUUGUUGCGAUUCAGCAGCGAUUCACAUGCGUCGAUACGGUCAAAGAUGUUUUUUGCGUCAACGUGUGUGGCACCCAUACAUCGAGCUUCUUUGUGAAUCCAAGCUUCUUCAAAUGGUUAAUAACGGUUUGAUGACUUAUCCCCAGCUCUUGGCCGAUGCUACGGCUGCUACUAUGCCGGUCUUUCUCGGCUAAUUCAGCGAUUUUGUCGCAAUUUUCGACGACAGGCCUUCCGGAGCGUGGCGCAUCUUCGACGACCUCUACACCAGAACGAAAACGUUGAAACCAUCGUUGUGCGGUGGAAAUGGAAACUGUAUCGGGUCCAUAAACUGCACAAAUUUUAUUGGUAGCUUGAGAUGCAUUUUUGCCUUUGUCAUAGUAGUACUGUAAAAUAUGUCGGAUUUUCUCUUUAUUUUGCUCCAUAUUUGCGACACUAUAACUCACGAACGACUUAACCAAACAAAACACUGUCAAGGACUAUAUUAUAGCGCGCAAAAUACGUUUCGAACAAGCUAUAGUAUGACUCGAUACAAUGAAUACAACUAGAACUACGCGCUUACAACGACACCUCGCGGAAAUACCGCAGGACUUUUUUUACAGCCUAAUAUUUUCAGUUGAAAAAACGUUAUUUGCAAGUAAUUGAAGAACCUUGAACCAGAAUUGUGUCGGAAAAUAAUUUUAUAUUAUAAUGAGUUUUGUUAGAAGUACUAGGAAAUUUAUAGUAAAAGGAAAUUGUAAGGGGUCUAUUAGAAGAUCAUCCAAUUAAUAGUUCUGCGAUUGAAUUCAUGAUUGUUCGCUUAGUAAGAAUAUGUGAGUGUUUGAAAGUAUUGAUAACACAAAAAAAAAUGGCGCGACGAAGUUUGCCGGGCCAGCUGGUAAAAUAUAAAAUGUACAAGCGCUAUUUACAAUAUUCAAUUGCUGGGUUACAUCGAUGAGUUUAUCGGCAUAGGUAAUCCAAACCUCGGCUCAUCGGUCUGAUCUUCUCUUUCAAUAUCCCCGUUGUGAUUAUCAUGCUCUAGAAAACAAAGAAUUAGUAGAAUGCAAUGCGAAUCGCAAUGAAGAUCGACUGAAAGUAUAACAACAACUGUUGAUAAAUAAAAAUGAUUAGUUCAUGUACAUACCGUAAACCUGAAUUAGUAAUGAAUAAAUGAAUGUA